AUGGACGGCAGUUCCUUCGCAGCGCCUCUAAAUUCCCUUUCUGCUUUUCUGGACCGAGAAAAUGCGGAAGACGAAAUGCCCACGCCGGUCUGUAUGGACACUGGGGCCCUGCGGUCGGGAAUCCUGAAAAUUCCACAAGACAAAAGAGGCUUUCUUGUACAGACAGACAGCCGCUCUUACUACUGGCGCGCCCAGUCGCAGAAUGAAGCGGAGGCGUGGCUGCUGAGCAUUGGAACGCAAUGCGCAGCAAUGAAGGAAAUGGAAUUGCUGCGGCAGGCGGAGGCGCGAAUUGCUGCAGCGCAGCAGCAGCAGUCCGAGACUUGUGUGAGAAAAGUCCCAAAAGAAAACAAAAACAAAUAA